ACCGAAAAAGAAAACCCUAGCUCUCUCUCUGGUCCGUCCCUUCCGGUGAAACGCAGAAGAAAUCUUCAAAAUUUCCUGAAAUUCAAAUCCGAAAUGGUGAAAUUGACUUAGGGUUUCGCCUCAGGAGCCCCGAUUCGAGUCCCAAUCCAUGCUUUCGCUUCGUGAUCUUCACCGCUCUUCCAGAAACCGAUGACUCAGGCACGUUGCGGUUCAGAUCUGAAAAAUGUGUGGGAGAAUGUGAAGCUUGGGGUGUAUUGGUUUGGGUGUUGAGAUUGAGGAAUUGUUGAUGGAAAAUAGAGUAGAGAUUUCACAUGGCACUGAAAUUCCCAGGAGAUCGAGAUCUUUGGAUGUUAAGAGUUUGUAUAGGUCCAGGAGUACAAAGGAGGCUGAGAAUCAGAGUUUGAAGAGGAAUGGGAGUGAGGGGGAUGGGGAUGGGGAGAAGAAGAAGAAGAGUAGGAAGGAGGUGUCCCUCAGUAGUCUCAAGAAUGUUAAUAGUAGUAGUAGUAGUAGCUGGAAGAAUAUAGAUAAAGAGUAUGAUAGAGGGUUGGAGUCUGGUUCGCAUGAUCCGGAGGCAUCGAAUUCGGGGUCGAGUCAGAAAUUGGAUAGCGGUAGUAGGUUAAACAGCGUGUCACAGCUUAGUUUGGAUAAUAGUGGCAUUCAAAUCCCGAGGCGGAAGAGGGGAUUUGUGGGGAGGAAAAAGUUUGAGGGUGGUCAGGCGUUGAAGCUGUCGGAUGAGUCUGCCGGUAAAGCAAGUAUUGCUGAUCAGAAUCAUCAGGUAGCUAAGUUAAGUGGUGAGGAGUUGGAUAGUCAGGCUGAGGGUUGGAAGGCUGAAAGGAACAAAGGUUUGGAUGAAUGCAAAGAAAAUCUAAAUAGUGAGUUGAAUGGAGCUCUUCAUGCAAAGAAAGAAAAUGCUCUUGAGAGUCGGUCAGUCGUAAGCAAUGGUAAUUCAUCUUUGAAAAAGUCCCGGAGGAAAAGUCGGAAAAGCAAGGACCUGUCAUCUGAUAGCAGAACUGAUGCAAAGAAGGCUGAGCCUUUGGUAAAUAGUUCUACUAAAGCUUGCCAGGCUUCACAUGAAGACGAGGAGGAGAAUCUUGAAGAGAAUGCAGCAAUGAUGCUUUCAUCAAGGUUUGAUCCAAGCUGUACUGGGUUUUCAUUGAAUGCCAAGGCUUGUGCGAUGCAAUCUUCAAACGGAUUGUCUGGUCAGGAUUUUGAUGGUCAUAUGUCGAAGUCAUUGUCUGGAUCCGAAUCUCCGUCUAUUGAUAAUGCCGGUAGAACACUUAGGCCCAGGCCUAGGAAGCAUCACAAAGAAAAGAAAGGUACGAGGAAAAGACGCCACUUCUAUGAAAUCUUCUUUGGGGACUUGGAUGCUUGUUGGGUAGUGAACCGUAGGAUCAAGGUCUUCUGGCCUUUGGACCAAAGUUGGUACUAUGGCCUUGUGAAUGAUUAUGACAAGGACAAAAAACUUCACCAUAUUAGAUACGAUGACCGUGAAGAAGAAUGGAUUGAUCUUCAACACGAGAGGUUCAAGCUCUUGCUACUUCCUACUGAAGUUCCUGGUAAGGCAAAGAAAAGAUCAUUCAUACGGAUUACAGGUUCUGAAGAGAGGGAAGAAAACUUGAAACCCAGAAAAGAAAAGAAAAAAAGAGACUUGAUGUCAGAGGAUGAUAGCUGUAUAGGCAGCUGUAUGGAUUCUGAACCUAUUAUUUCCUGGCUGGCGAGAUCAACCCGUCGGAUCAAGUCUCCUUCUCAUGCUGUGAAGAAGCAAAAAACAUCUGGUCUAUCUCCAAAGUCCCUGCCAACCUUGUCUGACAGUGCUGGUACUCAUGGGUGUUUGGGUGAUGUUUCCUCUAGAAGGGAUACAAGUAAAUCAUCUAGUAAUUCUGGCAGAUAUUCUGAUGCUUUGAGGGAAGAGAAGCGUGCUCCAGAGGGAGACAUUUACCCGGAAGAUAGCAGAAUGCCUAUUGUUUAUUAUCGGAAGCGAUUGCGCAAGACUGGCUCUGUAUUGUCUCAAAUAUACAAGGAUGAGCAUGCUUCCAUGUAUGGACAUCGUUGCUGUACUUCUGUUACUCCUGUUGAGGAGAUUUGGGACUUGGAAGAGCCAGAUGAUCAUGUUGUUAUAUUGGAUCGCAGUUGGCCAUUGUGGUAUAGUGAUGGUGCAGGGUUGCUAAAGUUAACACUUCCUUGGGUAGAAUCAGGAAAAGUUAUAUUUAAAUGCCUUCAACUGCAUUCACUAAUUAAUGAUUCCCUUGGAGUAGAGUUGUUACGGUUCUGUCAUGCUGCAAUGCUGCUUCGGCAUGGUAUUGUGGUGAUCACAUGGCCAAAGAUUCAUCUGGAGAUGCUUUUUGUUGAUAAUGUAGUUGGACUGAGGUUUCUUUUGUUUGAGGGUUGCUUGAAGCAGGCAGUAGUCUUGGUUUUUCUAAUCCUGACAUUAUUUCAUCAACCUAAUGAUCAAGGGAAGCUAACUGAUUUCCAGUUACCAGCAACUUCAAUCAGGUUCAAAUUCUCUUGUGUUCAGCAUCUUGGAAAGGAACUUGUGUUUGCAUUCUAUAACUUCUGUCGAGUUAAGAAUUCAAAGUGGAUGCACCUAGACAAUAAACUCGGGAGGCAUUGUUUACUCACCAAGAAACUGCCUCUUUCUGAAUGCACCUAUGAUAAUAUCAUGGCACUUCAAAAUGGAAUAAAUCAGUCACCUUGUAUCACUCUUUAUGGGCAACCCUCCUCUGUCAAGGCAAAUGUUCUUCUAGAUAGACAUGAAAAUGCUAUAUGUUCCUCUUCAAUGCUGUAUGGUGAAAAUAUUUACUUCUGUGAUUUUGUCUCCAACCAGGCUACACAGAAGAGGUCCAGGCAGGGGAUUAACUUCAUGGGAGGUUCCCGAGAAGUUGGUUUUGUAAAUAUCAGCCAUUCUGCUACUCAUUCUGAUGAGAUCCACAGAAAGCUUCCUCCAUUUGCUCUAUCUUUUACAGCUGCACCUACUUUCUUCAUUAAUUUGCAUCUUAAGUUGCUUAUGGAACACAGGGUUGCUAAUAUCUGCUUUCAAGACCGUGAUUCAGAAAUUACUCCUGAGAACAAUUUGAAGGCUUCAGAAAAUGUGGCUACCUCUGGUGGACCCUGUACUAAACUGGUAACAGAAGCAUCUCUUUCUAUUUGCAGUCACCGAGGUCGGAUAAAGUCAUCUCAGCUUUACCAAAAUUGUGUUGUUAAUGUUGCUGGAGCGUCUUCUAGGACUUCCGCUGGCAGAGAUAAAGCUGAUACUAGUUCCCGUUCUAUUGUGAACGGGCUUACUGUUGAAAUUCCACCUUUUGACCAAUCUGAGAAGUUUGUGGAGAGGGAGAUACAGAGUGCUGAACAGCCUACUGAUUUUUCAUUGAAUAUGAAUGGUAGCAUUAUCCCCAGUCCCAGCCCCACUGCUCCCAGAAGCACAGGGCAACGAAAUAGGAAUAGCAUGUCAUCAUUUGGAAACCUCUCACAUUGUUGGUCAGAUGGAAAGGCUGACAUUUUCCAUAAUGGUUUUGGCAAUGGACCGAAGAAACCCCGAACUCAAGUCUCAUACACAUUGCCUUGUGGAGGUUCUGAUGGUAGCUCCAAGCAAAGAAACGUUCACAAAGGGCUUCCUAAUAAACGAAUUAGAAGGGCCAGUGAGAAGAGGUCGUUAGACACUUCCAGAGGUUCGCAAAGGAACUUGGAGCUGCUAACCUGCGAGGCAAAUGUAUUAAUUACUGCAAGUGACAGAGGGUGGAGAGAAAAUGGGGCACGUGUAGCAUUAGAACAAUUUGAUAAUAGUGAGUGGAAGCUUGCUGUUAAACUUUCAGGAACUACCAAGUAUUUAUACAAAGCUCAUCAAUUUUUGCAGCCUGGGUCAACAAACCGCUAUACUCAUGUUAUGAUGUGGAAAGGAGGAAAGGAUUGGUUCUUGGAGUUUCCAGAUAGAAGCCAGUGGGCCCUUUUCAAGGAGAUGCAUGAAGAGUGUUACAAUCGGAACCUUCGGUCAUCAGUUAAAAACAUUCCUAUUCCUGGGGUUCGCUUAGUAGAAGAUAUUGAUGAUAAUGGAAUAGAAAUAGCAUUUCUUCGCAGUUCUACCAAGUACUUCCAGCAAAUGAAAACAGAUGUUGAGAUGGCUUUAGAUCCAUCUCGUAUCUUGUAUGACAUGGAUAGUGAUGAUGAGCGAUGGAUUUUGAAGUUUCGAAAUUCUUCAGAAAUGGACAAGAGUAGCUCAACAGAGAUUGGCGAGGAGAUGUUUGAGAAGACAAUGGACAUGUUUGAGAAGGCUGCAUAUGUUCAGCAAUGUGAUCAGUUCACAUCUGAAGAAAUAGAAGAGUUCAUGACUGGUCUUGGGCCCAUGGAUUUGCUUAAAACCAUAUAUGAGCAUUGGCGUCAGAAACGGCUGAGAAAGGGAAUGCCUUUAAUCCGACAUCUCCAGCCACCUUCAUGGGAAAUAUAUCAGAAACAAGUGAGGGAGUGGGAGCAAGUUAUGACAAAGAUGAAUACCACACUUGCAAAUGGAAGCCGUGAGAAGGCUGCACCAGUUGAGAAGCCACCGAUGUAUGCUUUUUGUCUGAAACCGCGGGGCCUGGAAGUUCCCAAUAAGGGAUCAAAGCAACGGUCACAGAAGAAAUAUUCUAUUUCUGCACAUACCAAUGCGGUGUUAGGAGAUCAGGAUGGUUUCCAUUCUAUUGGAAGGAGAUCAAGUGGGUUUGCAUUCGGUGAUGAAAAAUUUGCAUAUUCAGGCCAUAACUAUGAAUCUUUAGAUGACUCUCCAUUGUCUCAGUCGUCACCCAGGGUUUUUUCACCAAGGGAUGUGGCUAACCUAAUGAGCAAUGAUGCUUAUGAGAGGAAUCAUUUACACAGAAUUGACAGAAGCAAGUCAAAGAAAUAUCGGACGAUAGCAUCCCCUGUCGACCCCCAGAUCGUGUCUCCAUACAGUUUGUCUCCAUACAGUCAUAGAGUGGUACGAAACAGAAAUGGAGUUCAUAGAGGGAAUUUUGGUAUCCCCGAAUGGUCAAGCCAGUCAUAUUAUCAACCAGAUGUUGCUCAGAGGCUCGUAAAUGCUCAGGGCGUUGAUCAUGACGAGUUUAGGUUUCGUGAGGCAUCCAGUGCUGCUCAGUAUGCACAUAAAAUAGCCAAGCGUAAGAGAGAAAAUGCUCGCAGAUUGUUUUACAGAGCAGAUCUAGCAAUGCACAAGGCUGUGGUUGCUCUCAUGACUGCGGAAGCAAUCAAAGCUUCUUCAGACGACUAUGACUAUGAUUACGAUUCUGAGUCUGACUCCUUCUCUGUCUCUGACUCUGAGACAGAUUCAGACAGUGAAGAGUAGAGCAUCAAAUCUAGAUGUGAGAUGGCAGAAAGGAAAUUGGCCCAUCCCUUUCAGCUCGUCGUUGUGCAGCCGAAUAUACUUGGGACAAUGUUUUUGUCAGUAGUGGUGGAUUUUUGCAUUUGUUCACAGAUACCGUAGAAAAAUUCUAACAUGAGAGCAGUGAACAGUAUGUGCGGGGAAGCAGACGCUGCUCCGACAAAGCUCCAGACUUCCUGAUUCUUCUACUUUGCGAGAUUUUUUGUUUCCAGUUUGAGGUCUACUCAACUCAGUGCAAUUGUUGUACUGGUGCAGCAGAGGGUUAGGG